AUGAAUGAGGAGAAUGCACCCAAGUCGCUCUGGGGCAAGCUUUCGCGUCACCAAGGACCGGUUGUCACCUGUGUAGUGGGUUUAUGCCCCUUGGGUGCUGUUGAUGUCUCUCUUUCCUGCACGGCGGCUGGGGGUGGAGAGGCAUUGCCACUGGUGUCUAUGUGCGGCAUAGGGGAUGUUGGUGGAGAGACAACCGUUGCCAUGUCGGUCCAAAGCGAUGCUCGCGUGCGCGAGCUCCAGCAGUCCCGAGCGAAUAUGCAAAAGAAGACCUUCACCAACUGGAUGAACUCGCACCUUGAGGCGCACGGUCGCAAGGUCAACGAUUUGUAUACGGAUCUCAAGGAUGGUGUGGACCUGGUGCUCCUUCUCAAUGCCAUCACCGACGAGGAUGAAGUCAAAAUUAAACUGCCCAAUACUCCAAAAGGCCGCCCACUCUUCCGCAUCCACCAGAUGGAAAACGUCAAUGCAACCCUCAAAUUCAUCGCUGAGCACGACGUGAAGCUCGAAUCAAUCGGUGCGCAAGACAUUGUCGAUGGCAACGAGCGCCUCACUUUGGGUCUACUUUGGACCAUCAUUCUCCGCUUUCAGAUUCAAGAGAUUGAAUGCGAGGAUGCCAAGAGUGCCAAGGAAGCCCUGCUUCGUUGGUGCCAACGGAAGACAGCCGGCUACCCCGGUGUCAACGUUCAGAAUUUCAGCAACAGCUGGCGCGAUGGAUUGGCCUUCAACGCCCUUAUCCACCGCCAUCGUCCAGACCUCCUCAACUUCAACGCACUCGGCCCCGAUGACCGCAAAGGCAAUCUUGAGCAGGCCUUUACCGUGGCCGCGCAAGACUUGGGCAUCCCUGCUCUGCUCGACGCACAAGACGUGAUCGAUCAUGCCGACGAUAAAUCCAUCAUGACCUACCUCAUUCUAUACUACAACAAGUUUGCCAAAAUGGAACAGGACACCGUCUGGCAGCGCCGCCUGCAAAACGCUCUCCAAUUCCAUCUCGACCUUGAAAAGGAGGAGGACGCUUACAACAUGAGUGCUGCAGAUCUGUUGGCUUGGAUUCAAGCCAAAACUACAUGGCUAGGCAGCCGCGGUUUUCCCAACACGGUCUCAGGCAUGCAAGGUCUCAUGGUCGACUUUAAGCAGUAUCGCACUCAAGAAAAGCCAAAUCGCUUUGCUCAAAAAGGCAAUUUGGAGGCAACCCUUUUCACCAUCCAGAUGCAACGCCGCGCCAGCAACCGCGUCCUCUUUUCGAUGAAAGAAGGUUUGGAACUAAAGCACAUUGAAGCUUCAUGGGAUACCAUGGAGAAGGCCGAGCAUGCUCGCGAGGUCGCAUUGCUACAAGAGCUUGUCCGUCUUCAAAAGCUGGAACAGACGGCCGCUCAGUUUGAUCGCAAAGCCAAGCUUCGUCAGGAGUGGUUGAAGGACAUGCUGCUCCUCACCGCUGAUGAUAAUUUCGGCACCGACUACUCCACGGUCUUGGCCAGUCAACAAAAAGAGGACAUGCUCAAUCUGCAGGUUGAUAGCUAUGAAGACCGCGUCCUCAGCCUUGGGAAUUUGGUGAACGUGCUCAUCCAAGGCCAGUAUCACGACAAUGCCGCUGUCCUCGCCCGUCAUGACACCAUUCAAGCGCAAUGGCGCCAACUGUUGGAUAGUAUUACUCGCCGCCAAAGCGUGCUCAAGGAACUGGUUCAGCUCUAUCGCGCCUACAAAGAUCUCGACGAAGCGGUGGCCUUUAUUCAAGAAGAGCUUGCUGUUAUGAGUGCCGACAACGUGGGCAAGACGCUGGAUGAGACGGAGCAACUGUUGGCCACCCACACACAGCAGGAGCUGGAUAUCGAGGCACACAAACAGACGACACGCAAGAAUCUCGAUGCGGUUUUGGCUGAUUUUGCUGCCGACCAGCACUCGCAGACGGAAGAGUUGCGCGCACGGCGCGAUAAGCUGUUGCAACAUUUUGAUUUGUUGCAAAGUCAAGCAGGCCAGCGUCGCCGACGUCUUGAGGAAGCACAGGCCUUUCAUCGAUUCUCUCGUGACGUGGUGGAGCAAGAGAACUGGAUGCGAACGCAGCUGCCGCAAGCGACGUCACAGGAUUUGGGCGUCAGCUUGACAGCCGUUCACAAUUUGCUGCUCAAGAGCAAUGCUUUCCAGGCCGACAUUGCCUCCCAUGAGAAGACGGGGCUCGAACCAGUGCGGGCUACCGGUCAGGCUUUGGCGCGUGCCAGCACCGAAUAUCAGGCGGCCGUGCAGCAAACUCUACGAUUGCUUGAGGAGCGCUGGGGCAACCUUUGCGCAGCUGCGCAGGCUCGACACAUGGCGCUGGAGACAGCGGAGAAGGCCCAGCAAUACUUUGUGCAAGCCAAUGAUGCUGAUUCCUGGUUGUACGAGAAGCAGCCUUUAGUCAACGACCCUGACUAUGGGCAUGACACCUACAGUGCUGAGCGCCUGCUAGCGCAGCAGGACGCUUUGGCGCUGGACGUCAACACCUUUGCAUCGGUCCUCAGCGAGCUCAAGGCUCAAGCGUCCAUCAGCGCCGCAGCUCCCAAGCCGCGGCCUGUUGCUCGGCGCGAAAGCAUGUUCACCUUCGAUCCACAGGCAGAUGCGUUGGCCCAGGCUGCUUUGGAGCUUGCCGCGCAGGCCACCGAGCCCAUGGUGAAGGUUCGUUAUGACUAUCAAGGUCGUCGUUCAAAGGAGCUCACGGUGGUCAAGGGCGAGAUCUUGCGGCUCGUCAAUGACAAGUCGGCGGAUUGGUGGAAGGUGGCGCGGGAUAACGGCGACACUGGCUACGUGCCCGCCAAGUAUGUCAAGCGUGUGGCCAAUGAACCCGCGCCAGCAGUCUCUAGCCAGCCCGCGAAGCCAGCCGUGGACGUUAUCCCUGAAGACGAAAGUGUUGACGCCUUUGCUAACGUCCACGAAAGCAACCACACCUUCCCCGACCCCACCGUUGGUAUCAGUGACCGGCAAGCCGAGCUCGAGAUGACUUAUGCCGCACUCGUGGAGGCAUCACGCCAGCGCCUUCAACGACUGCGGGAAGCCGUUGAGUUCUUCCGACUGGCACGCGAGGCCGAAGAUCUCAACCAGUGGCUAGAUGAGACGGAGCCGGUCUAUACUUCACACGAGGUUGGCGACACGGUAGAAGCUGUGGAACACAUUCAAAAAGUUUUUGACGACUUCAAGCUCAACAAGAGUGCCAUGCAGCCGCGCAAAGACAAAUUUGAUGCCGAUAGUCAAGACUGCUUGGGUCGCCAGCAUGCGUUUGAGGCCGACAUUGUCGCUACCCAAGCUGCGGUAGAAGAGCGGUGGAGGUUUAUGGAGCAGUGCCUAGUGGAGCGGCGCGAAACUUUGGGCACAGCCUUUGAAGUCGAGCGUUUUAACCGCUCGGCCAAUAAGACUCAGGAUUGGGUGCGCGAGAAAAUGCAGGCCAUGCCCGAUGACCUCGGUCAAGACGUUCCCUCGGUCGAGAAGCUACGACGUGACCACGAACAGUUUUUGCGCGACGUUGAUGCCAUUGCGGCCCAAGAGCAGGGGUUGCGCUCUGAAGUGGCCGACUUGAAGCAGCGUCAUCCUGAUCAAGCAGGACUGUUGGAUGAAACGAGCAGCCGUUUGCUCGCGGAUCUGCAAGAACUGCAGCGUAUGGGUGCCGAGCGUCAGCGCCUGUUGGACGAGGCUCUGCGGUAUCAGCAAUUUGUGGCACGAUUUCGUGCUGCUGAUACUUGGAUUGAUGCGACUGCCCGUGAUAUUGCCGGCGUUGAGCUGCCCGGGGAUGCCCCUGGCACUGAGGCCAUAUGCGAGCAGAAUGAAAGCAUCAAGGCAGAGCUCGAGACGCGGCGCCCCAACUUUCAAGCCAUUGUGGCUGAAGGUGAAGCCAUGAUUGUUGACCAGCAUCAUCAAACUGCCAAUAUGUUGCAGCAGGUGGAGGACUUGCGCAGUAGCCUGAACCAUCUUGACCAGCUGUGGGCGGAACGCCAGGAUGAGUAUCAGGUCCACCUUGAUCUUCUGCGCUUUCAGUUGGCGCAUGAGCGUUGCUUGGAAGGUCUCAAGGUUCACGAGGCUGCCGUCGAUCAGAACGAGCUGGGUGCGUCUGUGCCCGAGGCCGAGUCCUUACUGAAGGUGCAUCGUCGGCACCAGACCCGUCUCGAGACGCAGGGCGACGAAGUCCGACGCUUGCAGGCCCUUGCUGACCAAAACGCAGCCCAACAACACCCCCAGGCGGCGCUGAUGGCGGAGCGGGCGGCUGGUGUGCAGCACGAGUUUGACCGCUUGUCGGACGUGGCCCAUUUUCGUGCAGAACUGCUUAUGCAAUCCGUCGAAUUCCAGGCUUGGCUGCGUGACAUGGAUGAAUCCGACCGCUGGAUUGCGGAGAAGCAGGCUUUGGUGGAUGCCGUCGACGUCGCAGACAACUCGCGCCUCAAGAUCCGUCUGGCAGGAGCGUUAAACACGGACGACGAAGUGCGUCACUAUCGUGCCGUGCUGGAUGAGCACACCACGCGUGCGGCCGCCAUUUUGCAGUCAGAUAAGGUGGGCGCCGAGGCCGUGCCAGCUCGGCUGGAGGCCGCGGAGGACUCGUAUGGGCGACUGGAGUUGUCCAGUGGUAGCAAGGUGCAGCAAUUGGCUGAGGCCGUUCAGGAGCAACAAUUCCAGCAAGCCGUUGUCGACCUGGCAGAAUGGCUAUCCAGCGUGGAAGCCACGCUGGACCGCGAUGAACGCGGUGCAGACCGCGUGGCUGCCCAGGCGCACUUACGUGACCACCAAGCCUUGGCUCAGGAUGUGGUCGCGCACCGCCCGCUCGUCGAUUCGCUCCAGGCAUCAGCGGAUGAGCUCGUGGCCAGUGAAAACUUUCGUGCAGAGGCCAUCGCGCAAGCCUGUCAAGAGCUUGUGCAACGCUAUGUGGCCCUGCAUGACCCCGUGGCUGCCAAGUCGGUUGUGUUGGAGCAGUCAUGCCAACUGCAGGACUUUUUGGCCGAUCAGCGGGAGCAAAUGGACUGGGUGGUUGGGCACGAGGCAGCGGCGAGUGCUAUGACGACGGGUGCCGAUUUGGACCAGGCCCAAACUCUACUGAAGGCGCACCGUCAGCUUCAUGCGGACAUCGAGGGGAAGCAGGACGUGAUUGCGGCCGUCACUGCGGCUGGGCGUGCCGCAGAAGCGGGUCACUACGCGGCUGACGACAUUAAUCAAGCUGUCGGAGCCUUGGAACAGGCCUAUGCUUCUUUGGUCGACGCAUCUCGUGCUCGCCUUGCUUUGUUAAUGGAAAGCCAAGCAGCACAUCGCUUUUUUGUGGAUGCCGCCGAGGUUGAAAGUUCAAUGCAGCAGCUGCGACAGGUAGCGGGCGAGACGGAGCUUGGAGCAACAAUGGCUGCGACUGAUUCCUUGCGUGAGCGCGUGCAGCGCCUUCGGUUGGACGUAACAUCUGCGGCUGAGGUCAAUGGGGCCGUCAUGACGGACGGACGGGGUCUAAUCGCAGAGCAAAAUCGUGAUGCCCAGCGCAUUGAGGCUCGCAUCGUUGAGCUGGAGCGGUGUGAGGCCGACCUGGAUGCAGCCACACAGGCACGGCGACACCGCUUGCAAGAAACUCGUCAGCUGCACGAAUUUCGAAUGGCAGCAGAGGAGGCCCGCAUGUGGGUGGAGCGAGCCAUGCCCACAGCCCGCGAUACUGGUACGGGUGAUGACCAGGAUGCUUGUGAGGUUUUGCAGACCAAGUUUGAGGCGUUCUUGCAAACAGUGCAAAUCGGUCGUCAAGAACAUGUGGUUGAUCUGACAGCGCGCUUGGAGACGCAUCGUGGGGAAGAGCACACGGACGUGCCAAUCAUGGUCCAAGAGCUGGGCACCGUUGAGGCGGCCUUUUCAGGUCUCGAAGAGGCAUGUCUGGCUCGCGGGGAGCUGCUGGAGCGAGCUCACGCCGUGCAUGCGUUUACGCAUGGGCAGCAAGAUGUUAUGCUACGUUUGCACGAGCUCCAAGCGGUGGCUGCCAAUGGGGACGUGGGCGAUACACUGGGCAUGGCCGAGUCGCUUCACCGUCAGCACACGGCCUUUUGCACACGGGUGCAGGGCGCUGAGAAGUCUGUUCAAGCUUGUCAAGAGAUUGGUCAAGCUCUGCAACAGCGUUACCCGGAGCACGCCGAGGCCAUCAGUGCCAAGCUGCAGGAGCUGGCCAACACGUGGACGCAGUUGGGUGAUCGGUCGGAAGCGCGCACGGCUGCCUUGGCUGCUUCGUUGCGUUGGCAACGAUUUGUGACCGCCCAUCGUCACUUUGUGGCCUGGUUGGAGGACAACAUGGCGGUGUUGGAGCAAGUUCAGAUGGCAGCUGACCUGUCGCAAGCACGCACGCAAAUUCAAGAUCAUGAGUUGCAUCGCCACGAGAUUGAGGCGCGGCAAGAUACCUUUGAGCAGCUUCAGCAGGAGGGCACGGCCUUGGCUCGCGAAGAGCCCGCAUACCGUGAACAAACAGAGCCGUUGGUCGUUGAGCUCCACAACUUGCAUAGCGAUUUGCUUGAGCGUUGGGCAACAGUGACGGAAGAUCUUGAGGAUCACUUGGAUGAGCUGCAACACUUUCACGAAGCCACGCUGGCUGAUAAGUUGCAGGAGGACUAUCGGUCAAUGUUGGACUCGGAGGUGGAACACGACCCGCAGCUUGCUUUGCGCAACUUGCAGCAUCUCGAGGCCACGCUGGCAGCCCAGGAGGCACGUUUUGCAGCGCUCAAGCGGGUGACACGGCGCGAGACGCGCAAGGCAGACCCAUCACUUUUGCAGAAGCAUCUGCAGGAACUCGAGUCACUGGAGCGGGAGCAGGCAGAAUUGAUAAUCUCACUUGAGGACCAGCGCCGGGCUGAGGAGGAGGAUUACAAGCGUCGAAUGAUUGAUUUGGAUGCACAGCGCCAGGCAGCGGCCGAGGCCUCCUUGCGAAGCCGUACCCACGAGGCCCUGGCUGCCAGUCAGCGUGAGCAAGAAGCUGCCAAGGCUAUCAGCGAAAACCUGUUGAAUCAAGAGCGUUCGCGUCGCACCUCUGUUUCUACGCGUUUGGCCGAUGUUCAAGAUGCCAUGCGCAACAACCAGGAAGCAGCUCGUCGGCAAUCAAUGAGCCUGACGGACCGCGAGCGGCGCGCGAGCUUCCUGUCGCAGCGCGCGUCGGAGUCGCGCGGGGAUCAGGCAGCCCGUGGUCUGACCCAAUUCAAGGAUGUGGCAGCAACCCGGCGCAUGCGUCACCUCGUGGUUGAGGACCAACAAAUGAACGAAGAGACACUUCGAAACCUCGAUGAACAAGGGGAGCAACUCCGUCGUGUUGAGCGAGGACUGGACGGCAUCAACGCCAACACGCGCCAGGCCGAGCGUGAGCUCACUAAGAUGGAAAAGUGUUGUGGCUGCUGCCUCUGCCCCUGCACGCCGCGGCACAACUUUGAGAAGCGCGAGGGCUACAACGAUGUUUGGAAGGGUCAUGGCGACGAGCAUGAGAAUGCUGAAGCCGUCAUCGACGAGCAGCCCACUGCAGCAUCGGCUCGCGGUGGACACGCGGCGGCCCGUGGUGGCCAGAAACAGAUGGUCAAAGAGAUCACCGGUGAUGAUCGCGAGAAGGAAAUGAACGAAAACCUCAAUGUGGUGAGCGACGUCCUAGGUAACCUCCGUGCACAGGCGCAGGCGAUGGGUGACGAACUGGACGAGCAAAACGACACGUUGGCGCGCAUUGAUGGCAAGAUGACUUCUGAUAUUGCCCGCGUGCAAGCCGCAUCGGAUCGCACGGCGGUGCUGACCAAGCGGGCGUAAAUUCUGCUGGCUGCAUGAGUGGUCGGUCAGUCGAUUCAGGCCGCCUUCAAAAGAACUUUACUCUUCU